AUGCACAACAUUUCUUCGGCCUCAUCAAGCAGCAAUAACCUCCACUACAGUGGUCACCCUUCUGUCUUUGCCCAGACCUCUCACAUACAUCAACUGCACAUUCCUCAACUCAUUUCCUCAACCACACAUCACACUCUUCUGACGAAAACCAUCCAUUUGAAAUCCAAUGAAGUUGUCAUUCCCUCUCGAUUCAUUCACAAACUUCUCACCGGACGUCGUGAACACAUCUCCUAUGGUGGUCAUGUGUACGUGAAAACGAACGAUGAAACCUUUGUCGUCAGUGAAUGGGUCAGUGGCGACUCUUCGAAUAAUAAUUUGACUCGUGCGGGGAUGGGCAAUACGGCCGAUGUGACAAGCAAUCAGACACAAAUUCUCUGCUCCAUCUAUCAAUGUCUAAUGCAUAAGCAAAAGUAUAAUUGUAAGGCACAAAUUCGGUUCUACCCAUCUAUUCAUACCUAUGUGCAUGUGAAAAAUCAUUGCAAUCAUCCAAUGCCUUCACCUCAAUCUGUUAUGACUCUCGAAGAUGAAGAAAAUGAACAAGUCUUUCAAGAUAUCUCGAAUCUAUCCUCUUCACGUGACGAGGCAGAAGAUUCUCAUGACACAAUGGAAUUGCUAUACUCAACAAAAACCUUGGCACAAGUUUACAAAAAUCCUUAUUACACUAAAACCAAACGAGGAACAGAAUUUCUCAAAUCCUUUGCCACUGUACCCAAUGUGUUGGUGCAAUUUGCAUCUGCGGAACAAUUUAAAUUAUUGGAAGAGUUGACUUGCCGAGACCAUUUGUAUAUUGAUGGACCCAUUGAAUUGUACACAGAAGACACUCGAUUCAUGUUCGUCUUCCACGUGAGAAAAGAGGGCUCUCUCAACACUGUUCCCUGCCUGUACUCGUUUACGAAUGAAAUUUCUGAACUUGGCUACAAGACACUCUUUGGAUGUGUCGAAAUGUUAAUAAUGAAAAAUUAUGGCGUUGAGGAAUAUUUUGACCACAAGAAGAAACGUGGAAAUUUGCAAAUUUCUUGUGACUUUGAUCAAUCCAUGAGAAAUGCAUUGAAAUUAUUGUUCAAGCAUGUGGACCUUGUUGGAAAUAAGCAUGUAUUGGCGAGUGCUGUCGAGAGAUUUAUCGAUUCGCAUGAUCUUUCUGGUACUUCUUCUUCUUUUUUAACAUCCUCCUCACAACCUUCUUUGAGUAUGCCAUCGCCGCCAUCAUCAACACCACAUGUAUUUAAAUCCUUUCCAGAUAUUCGUGCGGGCAUGAUUGAAGAUUUGCAAAAGUUAUCCAAACUCACACAACGACAAGAGUUUCUCCGCAAGAAGAAUGAAUUUGAGUUAAAAUGGAGCUUUAUUGCUGGGGAUGUAUUCAUGAAGUUUUUGAGAGAAUACUUUUUUGGUUAUGACGGAGAAUUAGCAAUGAAUCAAGAAGAAUUAAUUUCCUUACAUCAACCUCUUCACAAGGGGAUGAUAGCAGCAUUGAACAAACAAUCUCAAAAGGCAAUAUACGAACCUCAAUACUGGGCCUGUUCCUUCAAUCCAAAUAUUUGCGAUUGGAACGUAACCUCGGAUCAUGUCACAUUGCAUAACCAAAUGUUUUUCAAAAUGUUUUCUGUGAAUGAAUUGAAUGAACGUUUCACGACAUGGAAUGAAUUGGUUGGAAUUUUGAAAGAUUAUGAAUUUUUAAUGUUUAAGGAUGAAAUGGAAUUUUCUCAAAAUCCAUUACAUGUAUUGAAAUGUCUUUCAGAAGUUGUUGCCUCAAGAGAGAAGAAACAGAUUUAA